AAAAUCUGUUUAUUCAUUUAGUACUUUUUUGUUGAGUAUGUACUAUAUGUAGAUAGUAUUAUAGGCACUGAGGUUGCAGCAGUGAACAAAACAGUGCCUACCCAGGCAAAGCUGAGAUUCUAGUGGGUGAGACAGCCCAUAAGCAAAGUAAAUAAGUGAAAUACAUAUCGCAGGUCAUGUGAUAAGUGCGUGGAGAAAAAUAAAGCAAAGUGGGUAGAGUGCUGGGAUGGGAGUGCAUGGCAAUGACAUUUGAGCAGGACUUGGAAAAGAGAAGGGAGCAAGCAGUGCAAAUAGCAAGCCGCUGGUGUGGGGAUAGCCUAGUGUGUUCCAGCAACAUCAAGAAAGUGCAUGCAUGGUAAUUACCUGAACGAUGUGGUAGCUAACCUUAUUGUGGUACACGUUUAGUGAUAUAUACCUCUAUCAAGUGUAUCAAGUUAUCACGUGUGUAUCUUAAACUUACACAGUGAUAUAUAUCAUUUAUACGUCAAUAAAGCUCGGGGGGUGGGGGGAGGAAUAAGGUCCAUAUGAUUGGAGCAGAGUGAGAAGAAUGAGAGCCAGGAGGUGGAUGUCCUGUAGACCAUGGAAAGAAUUUUGGCUUUUACAUUGAGAGAAAUGAGGAACCACUGGAGAGUUUGAGCAGAGAGCGGCAUGGUUUGGCCUGUGUUUUGAAAGGACCACUGGCUGCUCUGUUGACCGUAGACUGUAGGGGCUAGAGUAGAAGCAGGGAGACACUGUUAGUCACUGGGACAAGGUGGUAGCAGUGGCAGGGAUAAGAGGAGGAGGGAUUUUGGUUUUAGAAAGGAAGUAGCAUUUGCUGAUGGAUUGGAUAUGAGAUGGGAGAGAAGGAUGUCGGGUGAUUUGAGGUUUUUGGUCUGAUUUGGACUUGAAGUUUCCAUCAACCAAGAUGGAGAAGGCUGUGGAAAAGAUCUCCUGAUGACAGGACACCGCACCACGUUUACUAUGCAGCAUGUCAUGGGUGUGCCCCGCGUGUUGGUGCGGAGCGGCCUCCUUGGAAGGGACCUCUUUAUGAUCAGGACCCUCUGCAGCCCCGGCCCUAGCCAGCCCAGAGAGAAAGAACCUAAGGAGGUGGCCCUGGGGCUGUACCACCGCCUCACAGCUCUGGGAAGAGCCCUGGGGCACAGCAUUCGGCAGCGAGCGUCCUCCACGGCCACGACAUGGUGGGACAGAUAUGAAGAGUUUGUCGGACUCAGUGAGGUUCGAGAGGCCCAGGGAAACGUGACUGAGGCAGAGAAAGUGUUCAUGGUGGCUCGAGGGCUUGUCCGAGAGGCUCGGGAGGACUUGGAAGUUCACCAGGCCAAGCUGAAGGAGGUGAGGGACCGCUUGGACCGCGUCUCCAGAGAGGAUAACCAGUACCUAGAACUGGCUACGCUGGAGCACCGGAUGCUGCAGGAGGAGAAGAGGCUUCGUGCAACCUAUCUGCGUGCUGAAGACUCGGAGCGAGAGAAGUUCUCCCUCUUCUCUGCAGCUGUGCGGGGAAGUCACGAGAAGGAGCGCACUCGAGCUGAGAGGACCAAGAACUGGUCCCUCAUUGGGUCAGUCCUGGGGGCCCUGAUUGGUGUGGCUGGCUCCACCUAUGUGAACCGUGUGCGGCUACAGGAGCUGAAGGCCUUGCUCUUAGAGGCACAGAAGGGGCCUGUGAGCCUCCAGGAGGCCAUCCGAGAACAGGCAUCCAGCUACUCCGUCCAGCAGAGGGACCUCCACGACCUCAUGGUGGACCUAAGGGGCCUGAUACAAGCUGGGCCAGGGCAGAGCUCUGGGGCCCGGGCAGGUGCUUCCCCCACCCGAGACAGAGACGCAGAUGUCCUUUCAGCCACCUUGAAAGAGCAGCUCAGCCAUUCCAGGCAGGUCCGUUCCUGUCUAGAGGGUUUACGAGAGCGGCUUGAUGGCUUGGAAAAGACUUUCAGCCAAACGGCCGAGGUGGUUCAGCUUGCAAAGGCUGCAGUGCAUCCGAGCCUGGUGGAGCCAGCAGAUGGGGCUCUGCCUGGCUCCUUGCUGGAGCAGGGGAGCAUGAUCCUGGCGCUGUCGGACAUGGAGCGGAGGCUAGAAGCCCAGGUCAACAGGAACACCAUCUACAGCACGCUGGUCACGUCUGUGACAUUUGUGGCCGCAGUGCCUGUGCUCUACAUGUUGUUCAGGGCCAGCUAGCCCCUGGACCCCCCUCCAGAGGCCCUGAGGGGAUAGGUGUGGCUAUGGAUUUAGUUAGAGAAUCCCAACGAUGAAGUGAGCCUUCGGGUCUGUGUGGCUCACCAGCAGGCAUACUUUGCUUUGUAGAAAAUGCUCACUUAUAUUAUCAAAACUAUGUGCUAAUGUCCAAUUAAAAUGUCUUUGGGUUUGUGUUAUUUAAAGUAA